UAUCCACAGAGUUAAAGUGGCGGGUAACUACACCAAUAAUUUUGAGCGUCCUAUACGUUUAUGCUUUUAUGCUUGUGUUGUCACGUAACUGUGCGUAACUGUCAUCAAUAAUCACAUCGCAUAUUUUUUGAUUCGACAUGGACAGUGAUUAUUGUUCCACCGUUUAUACAUGGUUCGAGAAGUGUGGAAUUGUAUCUAAUAUCAGGACACAUUUGCGACAGAACUUGGUGAACGCUUUGAAACGCAGGGAUCUGAGGCUGUGUAAGAGUAGAGAGGCGAGAUCGGCGAAACAGUACGUUUACGAUAUGUUAAUAGCCGAAUAUCUGUUUAGUCACAAUUACUCCUUCACCCUGUCGAUAUUUGCUAGUGAAGUUCCACUUUUAGUAAAUUUUUGCAACAGCGUGCCACAGUGCUCCUCUGACGACAAUGACAGAGGCUGUGGUGGCGGAUAUAAAAAAUUGCAAAGUGAUUAUAUAUUGCACACCCUGGAAACUUUGGGCAUUGAUCCCAAUAGGCCUGAAGGCCAAUACAUUAUAUCGAAUUACAUGAACAGCGAGGCACCAUUACUGCUAUCUAUUCUAAGCUCGAUAGCCUCGCUCGUUGUCAACACUCGGUCAUCGACUGAAAAAUCCAUGCAAGACAGGGAGACUCAAGCUAAUUUAGCUUUGGAAACGCAUCAUGUAGAAGCGACAAAAAUGAGGGCAAUGAGGAAGAGAAUUAUGCAACAGAAACAACUGUAUGACAACGAAUUAAAGACCAAGGAAAGCAAAUUGAGGCAACAAGCCACAGUUAUUAAGCAUCAGCUCGGCUCAUUAAAUGCUAAAAUGGAAGAAGCUCAGAAUUUGAUGCAAUCUUUGACCCUGAAAGAAAAGCAGCUAAAGGAAAAGAAAGACAGUGAUGCACAAUGUUUCUUGCAGAAGGAAAUGGAGCUAUCUCUAAAACAAAAUUUCUUAACACAAGAAGCUAACAGAUUGCAAAGAGAACGAGAUAGUUACAAGAAGUUUGAGGGUGGCAUGAAGAAACUACAACGAGAGCUCGUCAAAAUGCAGAAGGAAAUGUCGCAAGGUAUGUCGAACCAAUGCGCUCAGAAUAAUUUCAGAGACAUUCACGUGCAAACCGAUGCCGAAAGCAGCCGUACAAUAAUGGACGAAUGCAGAAUUCUACAGAAAGAGAAGCGGGAGCUGACAAAUCUCGUCGAAGAGCAACAAUCGAAGAUAGAACAAAUCGCGCAGCGCAGCGCCCAGUUAUCACGACAAUUGGAGGAAGUGCGUUUAUUACAGCCAAUCGAGAUACCGGUUUCCGUGGCUCGAAUUGUCAGUGCGAAUGCGCUCGUCAGCGAGAGCAGUUCCACAGAGGACAUUCUUCAAGAUGCCAAGAUGCGAUUAAAACGCCUGGAGGAAGAAAGUUCCAAGGCCGAUCAGUAUUUCUGCAGUUUCGUCAGCACAUCUUCGUAGCGAAUAAGACACAUUCCAAAAUAUUGUUUAUUAAUGUAUUUAUUAUCAUUACUGCACGCACAAUUAUCAACUUUGCAAAUUACACUUCACAUCACUUUCGAAGAUUGUGGUUUCUUCAAUCUCAGAAGAAAAGACUGAAUUGAAACAUUAAAAAUAUCAAAAAGUAUUGGACAUUCAGAUAAUUUAUUUUAUAAAAUUGGAUGUUGUUAAAACAUAUAAUAUACAAAUUACCGACUA